UAUGAACUGGGGCAUGCAGUAUAUGCGUUUCGAAUUGCGUUGUUUGUGUGUUGUAAUUUAUCUUCCCGUGAGCCAUGAUCAGACAAGCACUCAAGUGAGGUGGCUUUGGGGCUAUAUGUUUUGCCUACCAAAGACAAAUAAGCAUCAAUUACCCCAGGAUUUCUUCCCCUACUAUAAUAUCUUGCAAGCUGCUACCCAGCAGACUGGUAAGCAUGGAAGCAUUGCACGUAUGUUUUCCACUGAACAGCUCGCUCAUGAAUGGCUCGGCAGCAUAGAUUCAAGCAGACUUUCUCUCUAUUUUCCCAAGUCAUCAACCAGAACCAUUGCCUUACAUGAAUUAACAAGAUGACCGAAAUUAUCUUAUCGAUCUGUGCGUAUUGCAAAGGGCAUGUAUACUGCAUUAGAUAGAGACCUAUCCGUUACGCUUUGGAUUGAUUUUCUUUCGACAACUGCUCUCUCAAUGAACAAACUCAAAAUGAAGGAGGUGAAGCGCUGGACUCACUGUACAGACUGUGCCCAGGCAUCAGCAGUCAGUCUCGGAGGUCGGAACUUCGACUAGGAACGAGCCCAUCAACCGCUAUCAAGAUCCUGGGGGCUAUCAAAUCGGCUCCCUUUCUCGGUUGCCCGCGUCAUAUGGAAUGA